AUGGAGGAUAAUAGAGCAGUUAAGCUUUGCCAAUCUCCCAGCAGUGAAUUACUGACAGAAACGUUGGCUAGCAAGUCCUACACCCCGUCGACUUGCAAGUCCUACACCCCGUCGACUAGGAAGUCCUACACACCGUCGACUAGCAAGUCCUACACACCGUCGACUAGGAAGUCCUACACCCCGUUGACUAGGAAGUCCUACACCCCGUCGACUAGGAAGUCCUACAUCCCGUCGACUAGGAAGUCCUACACCCCGUCGGCUAGGAAGUCCUACACCCCGUCGACUUGCAAGUCCUACACCCCGUCGACUAGGAAGUCCUACACACCGUCGACUAGCAAGUCCUACACACCGUCGACUAGGAAGUCCUACACACCGUUGACUAGGAAGUCCUACACACCGUCGACUAGGAAGUCCUACACCCCGUCGACUAGGAAGUCCUACACCCCGUCGACUUGCAAGUCCUACACCCCGUCGACUAGCAAGUCCUACACCCCGUCGACUAGCAAGUCCUACACCCCAUCGACUAGCAAGUCCUACACCCCGUCGACUAGGAAGUCCUACACCCCGUCGGCUAGGAAGUCCUACACCCCGUCGACUAGGAAGUCCUACACCCCGUCGACUAGGAAGUCCUACACCCCGUCGGCUAGGAAGUCCUACACCCCGUCGACUAGGAAGUCCUACACCCCGUCGACUAGCAAGUCCUAG